AGGCUCUUGGCUGCAAACCCCACUCUGUCUGAACAGUCUGCUCACAUACUGUUAGAGCGAAGUCUAGAGCAGGUGGAAGGAGGUUUUGUGUUCUCCAGAGACUUGCGGGUUAAUUUUAAAAACAUUCACCGCUUCACUUUGGAGCAGAGUCUGGAGAUGCAGUCGAGGAUUCAAGCCUCUGUUCUAGUUAUUCUAGCACAAGGUGGCGUUGAAAGAAGAUUUUCCGAACCAGCCCAAAUGAAAUUCACCUCAACUCUUCUUCAAAACUUUCGGGACAGAAAUCACAAGGUGGUGACGGUACCGGGCGAUCAUCACGUCCACCUGAAUAACCCUGAGGUCAUCGCCCCAUUUGUGACCAACAUCCUGCAAACUAAAGCUUUGUCACUGUCAACCAAGCGGGAGCACAAGUUAUAAAAUACUAACAUUCUCCAACACGCUGUCACAGUUCCAUCAUGUUCUCCACUCGUCUGUAAGAUCAACCUGUACUACUGUAGUAGAGCUCCCUUGAAUCAUUCCUCAAUGUAACAUACUUACAUUUUUUAAUUAAAUUUAAGAAUAAAAGUUGGUUUCCUUGUUCGCUA